CACGUGAGCCCUCAAGAUGGCGGCGCUCGGGCGUGAGGCUGGGGCUGACCUGAGGGAUGGAAGUGUGGUGCCGGUGGGAGCUGGGGAAGUGCGCAAGGAUAUCAAGAUGGCAACAUACACACAUGGUCAGCCCAGUCCUUCUGUAGGAGAUGCAAAACUCAGAAGACCAAUGGUCAUCGAAAUCCUCGAAAAAAAAAUUGAAUAUCUUAGAAAAGAAAAGACUUUAAAUAUAUAUGGAACAGCGGUCUUUGGAACAACAGCUAGUUUAUCUGGAGUGCUGGCAAACUUCAUUUUCAGACACUGCUUCAAGGUUAAACAUGAUGCUUUGAAGACAUAUGCGUCAUUGACUACACUUCCAUUUUUGUCUACUAUAGUUGCUUAUAAGCUCUUUGUAACAGAUGCUUUGUAUUCAGGUAAUAUAAGCAAGGAAAAUUGUGUUCUCAGAAGUUCACUGAUUGGCAUAGUAUGCGGUGUGCUAUAUCCCAGUGCUUUGGCUUUUACUAAAAAUGGACGUCUGGCAGUCAAGUAUCAUACUGUUCCACUGCCACCAAAAGGAAGGGUUUUACAUUAUUGGCUAAUGCUUUGUCAAACAGAGAUAAAGGCAAUGGUGAUUCCUCUAGUCUUUCAGACAGUCGUUGGAGUAUUUAAUGGUCUACAACAUUAUGCAAUAUUUGAAAGUACACUUGAGAAAACUGUAUAUGAAGAUUAACCGAAGAAUGAAUGGAUAUUCAAUCAGCAGAAUGGAUUUUUUUAUGAUGAGGACUCAGGCAUUGCUGAAGGAGCUAAAACUAACUCUAGACACUUUGUUUCUGUUCUUUUUGCCUAGUAUAUAGCAGGUACUCAAUAAAUAUGCAGUAAUUCAAUAUAUGUAAGUUUUGUCUUUCUUUCCUCAUUGUAUAUGGAAAUGGGUUUGAGGUCUCAAGUUCUGACCUAUACACUUAUAUAUUCAUUCAUCAAACAUUGAUUAAGCACCUGCUACAUCUCAGGCACCUUGUUACAUGCAGUAAUAAAAGAUGGUUCUUACUCAGACGGAAUUCACAAUUAGAAGAGAAAUUACCAAUGUGAACACAUAGCAUAAGAGGGUUUGAGAGGGAUACACAUAAUUCUGUGGGCACAGUGGGUGUGUGCCUGUCAACUACCUGGACAGAAGAGAAAGCUGUGGGGAAAAGUGACAUUGGACCUAAAUUUUGAAGGAGUCAGAAGUUCAUAAAAAAGCAAAAUAUAGAAAUAGCAUACAGUCCAUUCCUCUAAACUGAUUCACUAUACUUAGUAGGUUAUCAUUAACAAAUUAUUUUUACUGUGCUUUUUAAAGAACAUGUAUUGAGUGCC